UGCUAUAUGUGGCACCAGCAGCCACCAUCUGCUCAGAUAACAGAGGAGCAGAAGAAGAGCUGAGAACAGCGCGCGGCGUGACUGCCACACUCUUUUAAUAAUGACGGAGACUAAAAAAACUGGCGUGGAGACCAAGGAUAAAGCCAUGGUCUUCCGCUCUCAAAAAGAGAUGUUUGAGAAGAUGGAGGAGUCUUUUAAAAUCUGUGCUUGUUGCGAGAAGCAGCCAAAUCAACUGUCAGACCCAAAGAGCCUGAAGCGUUGUGCCAGAUGUCUAAAUGUUUACUACUGCUGUAAAGAGUGUCAGAAGGAGGACUGGCCCAAACACAAGAAGUUCUGCUCACAGCUGCGUUUGGCUGCCAUUGACAGAGUUGUUGAAUGGCUUUUAUUUAAAGGAGACCUUCCAUUCCCUACAGAAAAAUGGUCAAAGCCCCAGUCAGAGGUGAAAGGCUGGGACGACUGGCUUGCGAUGCAGGGAGAUCUCACUGCUCGCCUGGAACCCAUUUUAAAAGGAACAAACAUGAAAGACUUGUGGACCAACUCUGGCAGGCCUCAGCCUGAUGAUGAUGACCUGAAGCUGUCACUGUGGAGGGUUUGCAGCGAGUUCUUCUCCAGGCCGCUGACUAUAGCCUGGGGGAUGAGGCUGUUUGGCAUUAACCCUUAUUCCAAACCUCUCACCGUUCACCUGGUGGGAGCGGGCCAAAGCGAGACUCUGGCAGCCAGAGUGACGGACUAUGACGAGCUGAAUAAAAUGUUUCCUGGACACCAGGGCAUCGAGGUAGUCAUGGUGGGACCGGAAGUGUUGAAUGGCCCCAUCAUGAGGCCUCCUCUCAGGGCGUUUGGCCCCAGGCAGAGGGUCUUCAUCAGUGCCUACAAGGGCCUGUAUCACCAGUUCUGGGAGGAACUGGUGGAGAAAGAGGAAGCAGCCAAGCCAGAUUUGGUAGUCGGAUUUAAUCCUGGAUUUGAUGCCAGUCAGGGUCUGGAUGAGGGUUGGCUUCCAACACUUCUGCUCCUCAGGGAUUAUGAGAUUCCUUCCCUUUUCACUGCCCUUAGUGAGACAGAGAUGACCUACUCCUUGCAGAUCCUGUUGGAGCUGGAGAUGGACAUGAAGGGAAGCGGAGCCAGUCCCUUCGCCUCGCUCAAACCAGAAGUGGUGGGUUCAUCUCCCAACAAGCCUCCUGUCUACUGCAACUCCCACUACUUCUGUUUCCAGGGUCUGCUGGAGACUGUGGAGUUUGAGGAACCAGAUGAGGCCUGAAGGUGCACAUCAGCACACACUGUUUGGACUAUGAGGCAAUGAUUUCAUAUGCGUGCUUUUUCUAAUAAUUAAAUAAUGCAAUUAUGUUUUAAAAAUAGUAUGUUAAUACCCUUUUACCUUGGUAACAGCUAUGAGUGUUUGCUAUAACAUUUGCAUUCACUAUCUCAGUUUCAUGGCAUGUAACUGCCAGACCUGUGAGAUUUGAAUAUACAGUCUCUGAGCUAUUGUUGCACUAUCAGAGAGACAAUAAAACAUUGUAGAAA